AUGUCAGCAACAAAGACAGUGACGCAGUCAGGCACUGCUGUUGGGAAGCUCACGCUCGCAUAUGAUGAUGCGAUCCACCAAAAGUAUCGAUACCAUGAGUAUCUCCCCGUCUACGACGAAGAGACUCACUUUGACCCGAUUCAGCCAUUCGAGUUCACGGAUCGGGGACUUGCAGCGGACAAAGCCAAGUCUGCUCUGUUGUCCAGUGCCAAUGCUGAUCUCAAGGUGGCCAAAAUCACACCAGUUAUCGGUACCGAGAUUAGAGGCCUUCAGUUGUCCCAAUUGAAUGACACGCAGAAGAAUGAACUUGCGCUUCUGAUCGCGGAGAGGGGUGUAGUCAUCUUCCGCGGACAAGACUUCAAGGAUAUUGGGCCAGAGAAACAGAAAGAUUUUGCGAGAUAUUUCGGACCACUACACGUUCAUCCCGUUGGAGCUCAUGUCAAGGACCAUCUCGAGUAUCACAACAUCUACCUUGGUCCCGACAACGAAUAUCGGGCACGACAGCGAAGGGAAAGACUGACAACUACCGGGUAUCACUCCGAUGUUUCAUACGAACAUCAGCCACCCGGCAUCACCAUUCUCACCCUCCUUUCCGUCCCUCCAACUGGUGGCGAUACCGCAUGGGCAUCACAAACCGCAGCAUACGCUCGCUUGUCGCAGCCAAUCAAGACUCUUCUUGAGGGCCUGCGUGCUGAACACAGCGGUUUCAACCAGGCAGAGAACGCCCGUCGUGAUGGAAAGUAUGUCCGCCGAGAGCCGGUGAAGUCGGAGCACCCCAUCGUGAGGGUUCACCCAGUGACGGGUGAAAAGGCUCUGUUUGUUAACAAGGGCUUCACCAAGCGCAUUAUUGGCCUCCAGCAUGAGGAGUCGGAUGCUCUUUUGCAGCUCCUGUUCAACCACAUCGCCCUUGGACAGGACUUCCAGGUUCGUGUCAAGUGGGAAGAGGGUACGGUUGCGCUGUGGGAUAACCGCGUCACAGCCCACACUGCCAUCUCUGACUUUGACAUUCACAACCCCCAGGAAGGACUCCGCCAUGGAGUCCGACUAACAACACAGGCGGAUAAGCCAUCGGGCGUGAAUGGACUCGAGUCGGUGUGGUAA